AUGGAGACUGAUUAUAUGGAUGGUAUUCAAAAUAAAUUAAUUUCUAUAUUAAAUGGAAUUAAAAAAGUAAGAGAUGAUUUGGACCAUGGAAGCGAAGAAACAAAAUUUCAAGUGGAGGAAUUGGGGGAUAAAGUCAAAGAAAUGGAAGAAAAUAAAUUUAAUGUUGAUAGUGAUGAUGAUUCUGAAGUGACGAUACAAAAUACUGUGGAUUUUAUUUUAGAAGAAGUGAAGCUCAUUAAAAAACAGGUGAUGAAUAGCAAAAAAGAAAUUAAAGGGCAGCUGAUAAAAUUGGGCGAGGCGAUAGGAAGAGUUGAGAAGAAAUCAAAUAAAAAAAAUGGCGAUGCUGUUAAAGAAAUAAAAGUUCAAUUGGCAGCUGCUUUGGAAGCUGCAAGACGAGCCGAAGAACGUUUAGCGGAAGAAAAAAAGGAAAAGGAAAAAUAUAUACUUCAAAUGGAAUUAAUGUUUGAGCGCAUUAAUAAAAUGGAGGAUAAAUGGGACAGAAGAGAACGCGAGUUCGAUACGAAAUUAGAAGAUAUGAAAAAUAAAAUAACUCAUAUGGAUGAUGAUAGCAGUUCAUGUUCAGCGAUUGAAGAUAAUGACAAAAAUUCAGCUAGAGAAACAUCAUUUAGUAAAAUGAAAAUUGCUCAAGAUUGGCCGUGGAAAGAAAGACAGGAAGACAGAAAAAAUAAUAUUAUUAUAAAGGGACUUGAAGUUGAUGAAAACGAUAACAAUAUCGUUGAUAAUGUUAAUGACUUUAUUGAAAUAAAAUUAAAUACUCAGAUUAAGGCAAUUGCUGCUAAAUAUCAAUUGAACAAAAAUAAAGAAAGAGAGCUGUUGGUUAAAUUGGAAAGUGAAGAGGAUGUGGAAGAAAUAAUGAGAAGGCAUAAGUUAGGCAGUGAUGGAAUUUUUAUCGAUUAUCAAGUCAUAACACCUCAGCGGGAAUUACGAAAACAAUUAAAAAUUAUUGUGGAAAAACAACUGAAACAUGCAUCGUAG